UAGAGCAAGUUGGCAGCUUAGCUCCAUGGUGUUUUCAUUUACGCCAGGUUGGCAGCUCUUUUUGAUUCGUAGUGCUGCGUGGAUGUUGCAGAGAUUAUUGUUUUCUCGCAAUAAAUUAAUAAUAAAUACAAAAUGCGUCCGUUGAUGCUGCAAGGCCACGAGCGUUCCAUAACGCAGAUCAAAUACAAUCGGGAGGGAGAUUUGCUCUUCUCCUGCUCGAAGGAUCAGAAGCCCAAUGUAUGGUACUCGCUGAACGGCGAACGCCUGGGCACAUACGAUGGGCAUCAGGGCGCCGUCUGGUGCCUGGAUGUGGACUGGGAAAGCAGGAAGCUGAUCACCGGUGCGGGUGACAUGACAACCAAACUCUGGGACGUGGAAUAUGGCACCAUCAUUGCCUCCAUCCCCACCAAGUCGUCGGUGCGUACCAGCAAUUUCAGUUUCUCUGGAAACCAGGCUGCCUACUCCACGGACAAGGCCAUGGGACAGAACUGUGAGCUGUUCAUCAUUGAUGUGCGCAAUGCCGACUCAUCUUUGGCGGAACAGACGCCCACUCUGCGUAUACCCAUGACCGAAUCGAAGAUCACUUCCAUGCAGUGGGGUCCCUUGGAUGAGACCAUCAUUACAGGUCACGACAAUGGCAACAUUGCCAUCUGGGACGUUCGGAAGGGCCAGAAGGUUGUAGACUCUGGCAGCGAUCACGCUGCUGGAAUCAACGACAUGCAGCUGAGCAAGGAUGGCACCAUGUUCGUGACCGCCUCCAGGGAUACCACGGCCAAACUGUUCGACUCCGAGUCCCUGAUGUGCCUGAAAACCUACAAGACGGAACGACCCGUCAAUUCAGCAGCCAUAAGCCCAAUUCUGGAUCACGUUGUGCUGGGUGGAGGACAGGAUGCCAUGGAGGUGACCACAACAUCCACAAAGGCUGGCAAAUUCGAUUCGCGUUUCUUCCAUCUGAUCUAUGAGGAGGAGUUCGCCCGUCUCAAGGGACAUUUCGGUCCCAUCAACAGUUUGGCCUUCCAUCCGGACGGCAAGAGUUACGCCUCGGGCGGUGAAGACGGUUUCGUGCGUGUCCAAACAUUCGAUAGUACAUACUUUGAGAACAUUUUCGAGUAAUCCACCCAAUAGUCUGUAGUAUUUAUGUGGAGGGAAGGCGCUGCCAGUGAAGACGGGACCUAAUCCACACCUCAUUCACUGGUGCCAUGUUCAUGUGCAUAGAGAAUUGUCAAAUAUACGCGAGAACGAAAAGAAA